AUCUUUCACCAAAUCGUUCACUACUGUACACGCCACUGGGGGGGAAGACUCCUUCGAUUCACUGACUGCUUUCACGACCUGAACUUUAAACUUUGCCGAUGGAAAGUGUUUCUCCAACAGUUCUUUGUCCCGGAUGCAACGCGACUUUUAUACCCCUUCCUUCGUUUCCUGGGGUAGACUUCAAUCACCUUCGCGCGAAUAUCACUCCCUCGUCUACCGAGAAAAGCCAUGAGAUUGAGGUCUUGGAGAAGGAGUGGGAUCAGCUGGGCCUAUACGACAAGGAGCUCGAGUGCCUCGAUGAAAUCGCAAGGAAGCUGAAGAAGGAGAGGAAUUUACUUGCAGUCCGAAUCUCGAAGCGCAAGAGUUGGCUAGCAGCCAUUCGUCGUCUUCCGGUCGAAAUUCUUGCUGAUAUAUUCUCGCGCGUAUGCUCGACGCAGGCUAAGACGCUGUCGAUAUUCCAACUGCCAGAGGAGCCAGACGACGCCCACUAUGUUAUUUCUCCACCAUUGACACUCUCACAUGUCUCAUAUUACUGGAGGAGAGUUGCAAUCUCUUGUCCGCAUUUAUGGUCCUCCAUUCAGGUCGAUGUAACGCAACCUUUCAGCAGUUUCGACGGCAUCCUUUCCACCUACUUGACGAAUUCAGCAAGUCAGCCUCUCGACAUUACUAUUUUCGAUACCGGUGAAUCACAUUUUGCUGUAUUGGAUUACAGGGAAGAAAAAUUAGGAGUGAACGGUGUUGCCAUCCUCGAUACACUCCUUUCGCAGUCAUUCCGAAUCGAGGACCUCACUUUCUACAAUUUCAAUCUCGAUUUCGGGCUUCCAGAAAUUCCACAGUGCACGUUCCCACUUUUGCGCUCGUUUCAUACCAACACGGGAAUGGCAUUUUUGGAUACCUGGUUCGUAAGAGCUUUGGCUGAGGCUCCGCUCCUUGACAGUGUCUCUGCCGUUUUUGUCGAUGAAGUUCUUCCAAUUUCCUACAGCCUGCUUACCUCCCUGACUAUGCAAAGUACUGCGAGCCUCUCGUAUUUCCAUGACCCAUUGCAGAAGUGCUCGAAUCUACGAUCCUUGCAUAUUAUGGACUACGUGAACGUUCGACCGGAAGACGAGGCUAAACCCCUUGAAUUACCAUCCCUCCGCUAUUUCUCCUUCAGAGCCGAAGCUCUCCCUUCAAUUUGCGGCAACUUACCUCAUUGCAUCAAGUUCCCAAGUUUAUAUGAAAUCGACCUGACUUAUUUAGGCUUCGAUGGGGAUGGCGUGAGAGUGGAGCGUGGAUGGCCUUGCCCUGGUUUUAGUUCCAUUCUCCAGUCCUGUUCGUCGACCUUACGGCGAUUAUCUAUCGCCUUCCCUCGACACGCGCUGACCGAUGCUGCUGCCCGUCAGAUUCUGGAGUUGUCGCCUAGCGUGACUCAGCUCGAGAUCCGUUUAGGCGAAGAUGUCGCCGGUUUUAUGGAGACACUACUAUCUGUUCUUAGAAUCCCAGAUUCCUCGGACGGGAGGACAUUCUCUAUCGCCGUGCCGCAGUUAACCACGUUGAUCGUAACCAUCAACCAUGGUGCCAUCCUCCUCACGGAAAAGAUUGGACGUUUGAUGGUAGAUAUGGUGUCGUCCAGGAGUAGGAAGAUCUUAUCCAAAAAAGGGCGGUUCAUAAACGCCUCAGCUCUCACGAAGGCUUGCUUCGACUUUGGAGAUCCACCGACACCUCAUGCUGAGGCGACACUUGAAAUACUCGAGGCCUCACGUCGCUUUUUGGAGAUAAUGAAUGAAGCUCAGCUGGAUCCUGAUAUCAACUUCUGGUGCGUUGCGUUCCCGUUUGAUUUGUCAAGCCGAAAGGCUAACUCUAAUGGCUACACCGUGUAUCCUAGUACUCGUGUUGGUCUACUACCCCAGUGA